CGGGUCGUUGCCAUGUAGCGCCGUGUGUCAUGGACAAACUAUGAGCAACCAACCAUAUGUUGAGGGAGGCCCAGAUAUUAAAGACAUCCUGGAUGACGGUCCACAGAUGACUGCGCCUUGCGACCUCCAUCAACGAGCAACAUGAAUGUCACAGCAAACACUACGUUGCCGACUCCUCCUGAGUUAAGCUACUGUGGGCCGGGACUGGACCAUUUCCACGCCACCUACCGCGGGGUCCACGGUUAUGUCAGUCUGCUAGUCUGUGUGUUUGGAUCCGUCGCUAAUGUUCUCAACAUUGCUGUGCUGACCAGGAGAGAGAUGACGUCACCAACCAACGCCAUCUUGACCGGACUGGCUGUGGCUGAUCUGCUGGUUAUGAUAGAGUACAUUCCCUUCGCGUGCCACAUGUAUCUGCCCCAGCGGCCUAAGAGGGAGAGGUACUCCUAUGGCUGGGCCCUGUUCGUCCUACUGCACGCCCAGGUGUCGCAGGUGUUCCACACAAUCUCUAUCUGGCUGACAGUGACGUUGGCUGUGUGGAGAUACAUCGCCGUGGCUCAUCCACAACGUAACAGAGAGUGGUGUGGCAUGCAGCGUACUCUGGCAGCCAUCGCGGCUGGCUACAUCUGCUGUCCACUGCUGUGUAUCCCGCUCUACCUGGCCUUCGAGAUCGAACCUAAGAUUGCGUUACUUGGCGAAGACGGCAACGACGCCAUGCCCAACUCGACGACGGGCCAGAACACAACGCUGUAUGUCGUGGACCUCAGCGAGAUGGGCAAAGCGAACAACAACCUCCUGAUGGACGUCAACUUCUGGGUAUACAGUGUUGUUAUCAAGAUAAUCCCUUGUAUAGCGCUGACCGUGCUGAGUCUGCGGCUGAUCUGUGCGCUGCUGGACACCAAGAGACGCAGAGAGAUGCUGACCAGUAGCAGCAGCAGGAAGUCUACCAGGGUCAUGGAGAAGGAGCGACAGACAGACAGAACCACCAAGAUGUUGCUGGCGGUGCUGCUGCUGUUCCUUCUCACUGAGUUCCCUCAGGGUAUCCUAGGAGUGCUCAGCGUCGUGCUGGGUCAACGCUUCUUCCGGGACUGCUACAACAAGCUGGGGGAAGUGAUGGAUAUCCUAGCCCUCAUCAACUCCGCCAUCAACUUCAUACUGUACUGCGCCAUGAGUCGCCAGUUCAGGACAACGUUCACGGUGAUGUUCAGGCCUCGGUGGAUGCCAGUGCCACAGGUAGACGCCAACGGCCACAACAACCACACUACCACGCAGGUGACACAGGUCUAGCGGAGAGCCAGCAAGAGGGUCCCCUGCACUUCUCUCUAACCUCCCUCUUGCCUCUCCUUCCUUACAAGUGACCUUGCCAAGGUGGAUGCCAGUGCCACAGGUAGACGCCAACGGCCACAACAACCACACUACCACGCAGGUGACACAGGUCUAGCGGAGAGCCAGCAAGAGGGUCCCCUGCACUUCUCUCUAACCUCCCUCUUGCCUCUCCUUCCUUACAAGUGACCUUGCCAAGGUGGAUGCCCGUGCCACAGGUAGACGCCAACGGCCACAACAACCACACUACCACGCAGGUGACACAGGUCUAGCGGAGAGCCAGCAAGAGGGUCCCCUGCACAUCUCUCUAACCUCCCUCUUGCCUCUCCUUCCUUACAAGUGACCUUGCCAAGGUGUCCCAGCUACGUCCCCAGACAUUGCUCAACUACCUAGUGUCACGUUUGUUUUUACAACGAUCGAGUCGAGAAAAAGGGCAUUGUCACAUGUAUCAUUAUAUGUAAACUACUGAUGUCAAUCACUCAGCAUUUUUACUCUAAUUGUUUACAUACUUAAAAAUGUGUUUUAAAAGCCAGGUAUGUGAAGGAUAAAACUGAUCUGAGCCUUGGUUUAAUCUUUUACAUCGUGGAACUGGUUUCGGAUAACCAAGGUUUAGUAGGCGUGGCACAAAUGGACUAAAUUUAAGAUGCUUUUCAUACUCUCCAAACGUAUUAAUGUAUGUGCUAUGUACUUAUUUAAUUUGGAUAACAAUUUAAUAUCCUUGUAUUUACAUAUUUUACUCGUGUUGAUAAAAAACGUGUAGUUUUUAUAAAACUGUUAUGAAUACAAUGUAAUGUUUAUUUUAUGUCAUGCAAUUUCAGCGAAAUGCCUCCCUAAGUUGUGAGCCCCCUGGGAAGGAAUUUCGCAAGUUAUAAUUGUUUUGACAUGAUGUAUAAAUUGUAUCAAAAAUCAAGAUGUAUAUUUUUCACUGUUAC